AUGACAAUGUUGACCAUAAUAAGUGUUGACCAUGAUAAUGUUGACCAUGAUUGUGUUAACCAUGCGAAUGUUAACCAUGAGAAUGUUAACCAUAGUAACGUUGAGCAUGAUAAUGUUGACCAUGAAAUAGUAACCAUAGAGAAUGUUGACCAUAAUAAUGUUGACCAUAGAAAUAAUGACCAUAAGAAUAUUAACAAUUGUAAUGUUGACCAUGAUAAUGUUGACCAUGAUAAUAUUGACCAUAGUAAUGUUGACCAUAGUAAUUUUGACCAUAAUUAUGUUAACCAUGAGAAUGUUGACCAUGACAACGAGAAUGUUGACCAUGAUAAUGUUGACCAUGAUAAUAUUGAUCGUGAGAAUUUUGACCAGAGUAAUGUUGACCAUGAGAAUAAUGUUAACCAUAAUAAUGUUGACCAUGAGAAUUUUGACUAUAGUAAUGUUGACCAUGUUAAUGUUGACUAUGAUAAUGUUGACCAUAGAAAUAAUGACCAAAAGAAUAUUAACAAUUGUAAUGUUGACCAUUAUAAUGUUGACCAUGAUAAUAUUGACCAUAGUAAUGUUGGCCAUAGUAAUGUUGACCCUGAUAAUGUUGACCAUGAUUAUGUUAAGCAUGAGAAUGUUGACCAUGGUAAUGUUGACCAUUAUUAUGUUAACCAUGAAAAUGUUGACAUUGAUAAUGAUGACCAUGAUAAUGUUGACCAUGAUUAUGUUAACCAUGAGAAUGUUAACUAUGAGAAUGUUGACCAUGAUAAUGUUGACCAUGACUAUGUUAACCACGAGAAUGUUAACCAUAGUAAUGUUGACCCUGAUAAUGUUGACAAUGAAAAUGUUGACCAUGAAAAUGUUGACUAUGAGAAUGUUAACCAUAGUAAUAUUGACCUUGAUAAUGUUGACCAUAAUAAGUGUUGA